GUUCAUUAGACAACACUUGUUCAGCCCAGGUAUGUUUUGCAUAACAGCCUGUGUGUUUCCGUUAGAUUGCUGUACAUAAAUGCUCAGCUGACUGACCGUUAAUGCUCGGUGAACGAACGGUGAGGGAGCGAGAGAGGGCACAGAGACCAGAGAGAAAAGAAGAAAGCACCCAGAAUUACUGAUUGACAACUGAUUAAUAAAACCUAGCAGAUCUGGAUACCAAACGGAGAAAGUAAUUUGUACACAGAGAGCGUAGUUCAAGAAGUGCAGCAAAAACUACUGAACCUUUCGUCCUGACCUUUUAUCAAAUGCGUGAAGAAAUGAAUGCAUUUUGGCUGCACAUUCAAGUUACCUUUUGUCUUGACCUUUAAGCAGGUAAGAUAUUUCAUUUAGAUCUACUUUCAAUGGUCUGCGUGUAUCAGAACAAACUUGCCUUUAAUACUACAAAAAGAAAAUAGCUUUAAAUGUGUAAGGAUGACCUAUCCAGUCAUUUCAGUCUCUAUAAUACAAUCACAUUAUUUCUAGUUUACAUUUUCUAACUUUUAAUAAUCAAAUCAAGGUGUUUAUAAUCGAUAUGCACGGUUUUGUGUUGAACUGCACGCUGGAUUGGGUUUCCGAUCAGCAUUUUCUUGUCUGAAUGAAUGGGAAUUAAUUAUUUACUGGAACAUACCUGCAAGGACACAUGAUAUUGUAAUACCAAAACUGCCUCUGUAGUACACAAACAUAUUCAUUAAACAAACUCAAGGGUUUUAUGAACCAAACAUGGAGGCUUUGUCAUUACUGCUCCAUGUUAUGUAGGCACUAUGCAUAUAGAUGAAUGUAACAGCCAUGUCUAGCCAUAAAUUAGGCAUCUUAAUGCACACGCUUCGCAGUUUUCAUUGCAAACGGGGUCAGUUGGGUCAGGAAGUGGCGCGUGUUGAUACCUCUUAAUCUGUGUAAAGAAAAAAGCGCAAUGUGAAAGAACUCGUCUAAUACAUGGGACUCAAAAAAUGGGGGAUGGAAAGAUGAAUGAAGGGUUUACGGACUAGUUUGUUACUGAUUGAUGGGGUAAUAGACCAGAAGAGGCCGAUUCAGCACUAUAGACAGAUAGAGCUGAAGGACUGAGUCAUUGGUCAACCCGCAGUUUGCUUGGAAAUAAACUAUAGGACGGACUGCAAGAAAGUCCAGAUUUACAAUGCAAUCACGGUAAAACUAUAUAACGUUCCUCUUGUUUUCUCCAUUUUGGAGCGAUGUCCUCACAGGAUAUCCUGAAGGCUGAAGAAUGUGGAGCUUCUAGAUUGAAUUGAAGAGGUCUCGAGAAGACGGUGAUGUGGCUCUGUGGUAACAGCUGAUCAUGAAGACCACGGCUUCGAUCUCCAACGGAUCUCUGCAGCCAGAUGCUCAUAACCACAGCACACCGCACAGCUGCAGCAUCGACGAGUCCUACAAGUACAUCAUCUUGCCUCUAUGCUACUCCUUGACCUUCUUGCUCAGCCUCGUCCUGAACUCCACAGUCCUCCUGCGCUCUCGCCGAAGCGGCCGCCAGUGGAACACUUCGCUGAUCUACAUGGUCAAUCUGGCCUCCACGGAUCUGAUGUACAGCUUCUCGCUGCCCUUCCUCGUGGCCAGUUAUGUGAUGCGUGACCACUGGGUUUUUGGGGACUUCAUGUGCAGGCUGGUGCGUUUCUUGUUUUACUUCAACCUGUACUGCAGCAUCUUCUUCCUCACCUGUAUAUCCGUCCAUCGCUACAUGGGAAUCUGUCAUCCGAUCAGAAACAUUGCUUUGGAGAGCAAGCGGGCGGUUAGGGGCAUCUGCGCAACUGUUUGGGUCAUAGUGUUCAUCCUUACAUGCCCGAUUGUCCGGUUUGCCAAAACAGGGGACGUUUUGAGGAAAAUCGAAGGAACCGAUUCGUGGUCGGAAAGUAGUGGAGAUGCUGGAAGAGUAGAGGUGGAGGUAUAUAGGAAUUGUUGGGAUGACGCAAUCGAUAGUGAGUUUUCUGAAUACGUGCCUUAUGGAAUCGUUCUACACCUUCUGGGCUUCUUCUUCCCUUUUAUCGUCAUUGCAUGGUGUUAUUCGCAGGUGGUGCGGACCAUCUUCCAAACGCUUCACUCCCAGCCACAGGUGCAAGAGGAAGGGGGAAUGUGCGGCGGGGUCGAAGGGGUCAAAGACAGGACGUCCGUGUCCAUCUCCGGCUCUCAACAUGCGCCGUACCUCAACACGCGGCGCAAGUCCAUUAAAACCAUCAUCACCAUCACCAUCCUGUUCGCGCUGUGCUUCCUGCCCUUCCACAUCACACGCACGCUCUUCCUCGUCCUCAAGGAAACCAAGGCCGUCGAGUGCCAAACCAUGCGGAUGGUUUCCAUUUGCUACAAGAUCACUCGGCCGCUGGCUUCCUGCAAUUCCUGGCUCAAUGCACUCCUUUAUUUCUUAACAGGAGACAAAAGCUUAGCUUGCUGUGGACGGACCAGCGCCGGUCACAACACCCACCUGCUCUGGCCUUUACAGAUUCUUGGAGGACAGAAAGAGGCUGAGGAUCAAGAGCAAGGCAAUUCGCAUAAAGCAGAGGAAGAUCAUGAAAGUGACUCGAAAUCUUCAGGAAUGACAUAGAUGAGGCCGGGAGUGCACAGUCUCUGUGGGACAGACCUACUUUUAACGUUCCAGAUUUCAUAUUAUUUAUUAUUCAGUCAUGCUACUGAGCAAUUUCAAACAAUCUUGUGUACUGCUGUAUGUUUUAUGCUAGUUUGUGACCAAGUGUCUCUUUUAAAUGUCAUGUUUUUGGAGUUGUUGUGUAAAAAAAAAAAAAAAAAAUUGAAGCGGUAAAUAAUACUUAAAUAAUAAUUUAUGAAAGUAUGAAACUGGCAUUUCUUAUGUUCAAAAUAAGUUAUUUAUUGCUGACUGACUAGAAGUAAAGUACAGUCAACAGGCCAAAAUAAUAUACAAAAGAAACAGGAAGCAAAAGUUACUAAUUGACAUCUUGUGACAAUUAAACCGAUUUGCUCACACUAUUAGUAAGACUAAUGUGACCUGUGUGCUGUCGAGAUCCUGAAACUGUCGAACUGCACAUACUUUCACAAUUUAAUAAAGAUCUUGUAGUGAAUGAAAACUCAUUUGAAUGUAUCUUAAAACUAAAAAGCAAACUUUAUCCAAAUUAA